GGCUCGCUCCGAGCCCAGCCUCGGCCCCGGGGCUGCCCGGGGCAGCGGCGGCUCCCGCGGGGGAAAGGCUCGGGCUCGGGGGGUCAGACUCCCCGCGGUGAGCCCCCCGCUUCCCGCCGGACAUGCAGAGCACCCCCAACUACCUGUGGAGCACCGAGGACCUCCUGGGCCAGGGGGCCACGGCCUCGGUCUACAAAGCCCGCAACAAGAAAUCGGGGGAGCUGGUUGCAGUGAAGGUGUUUAACAAUGCCAGCUACCUGCGGCCCCAGGAGGUGCAGAUGAGAGAGUUCGAGAUGCUGCGGAAGCUGAACCACAAAAACAUUGUCAAAUUAUUUGCCGUGGAGGAGACAGGCAGCAGCAAGCAGAAGGUGCUGGUGAUGGAAUAUUGCUCCAGUGGCAGCCUGCUGAACGUGCUGGAAGACCCAGCCAAUGCCUUUGGCCUGGCAGAGUCCGAGUUCCUCAUCGUGCUGCAGUGUGUGGUGGCAGGGAUGAACCACCUCCGUGAGAACGGCGUCGUGCACAGAGACAUCAAACCCGGCAACAUCAUGAGGCUGGUGGGAGAGGACGGGCAGAGCAUCUACAAACUGACGGAUUUCGGAGCCGCCCGGGAGCUGGAGGACGAUGAAAAGUUUGUGUCUGUCUAUGGGACAGAGGAGUAUCUCCACCCCGACGUGUACGAGCGCGCCGUGCUGCGCAAGCCGCAGCAGAAGGCCUUUGGUGUCACCGUGGACCUCUGGAGCAUUGGUGUCACCUUCUACCACGCUGCCACGGGCAGCCUGCCCUUCGUGCCCUUCGGGGGACCCCGCAGGAACAAGGAGAUCAUGUACAGAAUCACCACGGAGAAGCCUCCUGGGGCCAUCGCAGGGAUCCAGAGGCAGGAGAACGGGACCAUCGAGUGGAGCUACGAGCUGCCCAUCACCUGCCGCCUCUCCACGGGGCUGAAGGACCAGCUGAUCCCCAUCCUGGCGAAUAUCCUGGAGGUGGACCAGGAGAAAUGCUGGGGAUUUGACCAGUUUUUUGCAGGAACCAACGACAUUUUGCACAGGAUCGUGGUGGACGUGUUCUCCUUGCAGCAGGCGUCCUCCCAUCGCAUCUACAUCCACUCCUACAACACUACCACCAAGUUUUUAGAUGCCGUCUACAAACAGACAAAUAUAGUCCCUCACCACCAAGAAUAUUUUUUUGAAGGACACCUGUAUGAGCUGGAUCCCAAUCUACAAGCUCACAAUUUCUGCAAAACCACAGAGAGCAGCCCCCUGACUUUGCUGAGCACCUCGGAGCAGCCCGAGGACGUGGUGGGGGUCCGGUACCGAGACCCGGCGCUGGAAUUCCCUAAGUUCGUGCCCAGGAUGGACGUGGUGGCCGACUGCAGUGCAGCCAAGAGUGCCGUGGGUGCCGCUCACCAGACGCUGCGCCUGGGCCGGGCUCUGCGCCGGGGCCGGGAGCUGCUGGCCAGGGGCCUCCACUGGGUGAUAGGGAACCUGAGGACGGAGUGCUGCAGGAUUUUGGAGCAGAGGAGAGGGGCUCACUCCGUGCUCGCCUGCCUGCAGCUCACCCAGGGGAAGACACACGUGCUGUACGAGGCCGGCAGGGGCCCAGCAGGGCUGGAUGUGGUGAAGAUGAGGCUGCAGAGGGUGGAUGAGGAGCUCUCCCAGUGCUCCCACGGCAUCUUCGACUUCCAGGGGGCCCUGGAUGGGAUUUUGGCCGAGCUGCUGAAGGACAGGCAGCAAAUGCACGAAGACAAAAGCAUCCAGCAGAUGGAAUGCUGCCUGGAGAAGAUGCAGGUGAUCUACAGGCAGUUCAAGAAGGCCAGGACGUGUCUGAGGCUGAGCUACAACGAGGAACAAAUCCACAAGCUGGAUAAGCUGAAUUUGGGGAGCCUGGCCAGGAGGGUUCUGUCCAUUUUCCAGAACGAAUGUGUGCAGCAGUACCAGGAGGCCCUGGCCCUGCACAGCAGCAGGAUGAGGAAAGUUUGUGAGAUCAGGAAGCAGCUGAAGAGGCUCAGCAACCACAUCAGUGCCUGCAGCGUGGAGAUGAUGGAGUGCCAGGACUGCCUGCAGGGCGCUCUGGACAGGCUUCUCCAGGUGGAGAAAUGGAAUUUGGCUCCUCCUGCACCUCCUUCCCCCGUCCCCCUGAGCCAGGCUGGCCAGGAGAUGGCUCUGCGGAUGCAGGAGCUGCUGGAGCAGAUGAGGUCGGUGGCCUGCGAUCUGCAGUUCAACAACAGCAUCAUCGAGCGCCUUGUCCCUGUGCUGGCCAGCACUGAUGGCUGUUCACUGCCAUGGGAACUUGAUACAGAUUUUUCUUUAUGA